AACAUUUCGCUGGAAAACGAAACUUAACGUAAUGACGUCGAUUCAAUCGUCUCCUCAGGAGAUUCUCCAAUUAUUAAGAGGCAGCCCGCUCAUUGUGUACUCGGAAUUACACUGAAUGUAGACGUUGAGCAUUGGCGGCGUACUGCAGGUUUCGGAGGUUAUAGUGUGUUGAAUCUAGCACUUCUGAUCCUUGAAGACGUGAAAAAAAAUGCUGCACCUGGUUUAUAUCGUGUUGCUCUUAUCUGCUGCUUUCCACACAGGCUCAAGCUUGCCUAAAUGUGAAAUAGAUUGGUCGACUGCUGCCUGGCUUGCUGGUGGAGCAGCUGUUGCAGUGGUCGGGGCCCCUGUUGUCGUUGGCUUAGCUGGGUUCACCGGUGCUGGAGUAGCAGCUGGGUCCGUAGGAGCUCAAAUGAUGUCUGCGGCUGCGAUUGCCAAUGGAGGAGGGGUAGCGGCUGGCGGUGCUGUGGCAGUUCUCCAGUCUAUUGGAGCCGCUGGAUUAUCUGCUGCUGGUACUGCUGCUGUUGGAACCGUCGGAGCUGUUGCUGGCUGUAUAUCCAAAACCGUUUAUGAGAGUUCUUCAGAUGAAUCCUAAAUCCAACAGGCUGCUUGCAAGUAGACACACAGUAGAAGACAGCCAUGAUCACAGCAAAAUAGGCUUUCUCUCUUUAGAAUGAAAGAUUAUUUACAAAACCAUUUGUAAGAUGUUACAGCAUCUAAUUUUAGAUUAGUCUUGGUUAGCCUGUGUUUCAAUAUCUUCUGAUUUAUGAAGCAAUCUUCAUUGAGGAGUGGGUUAAAUAUUCUAAACACGUGUCUAGAAAUGAAAUGGAAAAUACUGUAAAUGUGGAGUGGAUGACUGUCAUGAACUGUCAAGUCAUUGUUUCACACCACAUUUGCAGCCAGAGCUGGAUAUUUUCAGCUCUGUUUAAGUUUCAGAUUUCUAGCUUGUUCAAUAUUUUUCACUGGGAAUGCACUACUGCAAAGUCUGAAAGCAUGCCAUUCUAAACCUAGCUACGGGGUAAACAGAAGCUCUGUCAUAGCAGUCCAUAGAAUGUUUUAAAGGGUUGUUAAGCGAAUCAGUAAAUAAAUGGUCAACAUGU